AUGAUGGAUAGUGUGGAACCGCCAAUUGCGAGGAGUUUCUACAGUAUUGCCCGUUUCUCUGGACUGAUUGUGGGCAUUUGGCCACAACUUCAACGCAGUUGGGAUAUGAAUCUACUCUGUGCCUUCAGCUUGAUUGUCAUUCUCAUUGGAGCAUUGGGCGAGAAUCUCUAUGGGUUUCUGAAUCUCAGCAAUUUGGUGUCCGCACUGGAGGCUUUUUGUCCCGGCAGCACUAAAGCUGUCUGCGUUCUGAAGCUAAGCAUCUUCUUCUUGCAUCAUCGUCAAUGGUUCGAGAUCGUGCAACGUUUACGUGGCAUGUUGUGGGCCAGUCGAAGUGAGGAGGCUCAGAAUAUGCUGGUUGGCAUUUCCACCUUGGCCAAUCGCCUCAAUCUGCUCUUGCUCUGCUCUGGCUCUGCCACAAAUGCCGCUUUUAAUAUUCAGCCACUGAUAAUGGGUUUUUAUCGCUGGUGGUUCGAGUUGCCUGGUCGCAUGAAGCUACCCUUUAAUAUAAUUUUGCCCAAAUUUGCCACAGAUUCUCAGCUCUUUCCACUCACAUAUCUUCUGUUGACCUGUUCCGGCGCCUGUACCGUGUUCACCUUCAGCAUUGUGGAUGGUUUCUUCCUCUGCAGUUGUCUCUACAUAAGCGGGGUCUUUCGUGUGGUGCAACAGGAUAUUCGCAAUGUUUUUGCCGAACUCCGUGAAGGUAAGAUUCCUGUCUUUACACCAUUGAUGAAUGCUGAAAUACGAUUGCAACUUGGCCAUAUCAUCGAGCGGCACAAUGCAAUUAUCGAUUUGUGCACAGACCUAACGGGACAGUUCACGGUUAUCGUUUUAAUGCAUUUCCUGUCCGCAGCCUUCGUUCUUUGCUCAACCAUUUUGGAUAUCAUGCUGAACACAUCGUCGCUGAGCUGCUUAACCUACAUCUGCUACAGUGUGGCAGCGAUGACUCAGCUAUUUCUGUACUGCUACGGCGGCAAUCAUGUCAGCGAAAGUAGCGCUGCUGUGGCUGACACUCUGUAUGAGAUGGAAUGGUACAAAUGCGAUGCGAGGACUAGAAAAAUAAUUUUAAUGAUAUUACGACGCUCGCAACGGGCAAAAACAAUUGCGGUGCCGUUUUUUACACCCUCCCUGCCGGCCUUCAGUUCGAUACUCAGCACUACGGGCUCGUAUAUCACAUUGCUGAAGACAUUUCUGUAAGCCUACGCGGCGUAUGAUUGAUAUGCGAAGCGAGCAUUGGCCAUCGUCUAAGCCAUAUGCUUCUUCUAGCUGCUGUCAUUGUUUUUUGAAAUAUAUUUAAAAGAUCUAACAAAUUGUUCAGCAAAUCACUUUAUUUAUAAAAUAAAAUGCAACAAGUUGUCCAGUUAA